AUGGGGAAUUCCCAGGCCAAGCCCGUUGUCCUGACGGACGAAGUCAAUCUGAAUCAUUUUCGUCUCCUCAGAGUCGUUGGCAAGGGUGCCUUUGGCAAAGUUCGUAUAGUCGAGCGCAAAGACUCGGGCCUGACAUUUGCUCUCAAAUACAUCCGCAAAGAUGAAGUUGUGCGCUCCGAAAGCGUGCGCAAUAUCAUCCGCGAGCGGCGGAUGCUUGAACAUCUUAACCAUCCAUUUCUUUGCAAUCUCCGCUACAGCUUUCAAGAUGUCGAGUAUCUGUAUCUAGUCGUGGAUUUGAUGAACGGCGGUGACUUACGUUUCCACAUUCAGCGCAAAGCCUUCACCGAAGAUGCCGUCCGGUUCUGGAUGGCCGAAUUGGCUUGCGCACUCCGAUAUAUCCACAGCCAGGGCAUUGUUCACCGCGAUCUCAAACCAGACAACGUUCUGCUGGAUUCCGAAGGCCACGUGCACCUGGCAGAUUUCAAUGUUGCAUCGGACUUCAAACCCGGCAAACCGCUGACCAGUAAGUCGGGAACCCUAGCAUACCUGGCCCCAGAAGUAUUUCGAGGCCAUGGGUACUACAGCGAGGUGGAUUGGUGGUCGUUGGGCGUGACCAUGUACGAGUGCAUCUACGGGAAACGACCAUUCGAAGGCAAGAGUCACGAGCAACUGGCCGAAAACAUCUGUGCCGCCAACCCGCGGUACUAUGUGACGAAGCCGCCGGUAUCGAUGAAUUGCCUGCACGCAAUGACCUCGCUUAUGGAACGAGAUCGUCGGAAACGGAUAGGAGCGGCGGGGUUCGACACCUUUACCAAUCACCCCUUUUUCCAGUGCAUCGACUUUGAGGCGUUGGAACGGAAACAAAUCCCUCCGAUAUUCGUCCCCUCAAGUGAGAAGACCAAUUUUGACGCCACUUAUGACCUGGAAGAAUUGCUGCUGGAGGAAGCACCCUUGGAAGCCCGGGCGAGAAAACAAAAGCCACGCGCGGAAUUACGAAAUGAUGCGACCAGCAAAGAAAUUCGAGAAGACGAACUGCAUCGGAUGAUCGAGACCAUGUUUGAACCGUUUGAUUACACUCUGGCGACUUAUGAUGUGAAUGCUGCCGCCGCCGUGGCUGGCACAGUGCCAGAGGAGCAUGUUCGUCUCGACACCCACCAGACCGAGUCACAAUCGGUCCAUACUUCUCCAGACGGCUCACCACCGCUAUUACCUAACGACACAGCUGCAGCUGUAGCUGCGAAACCUGACAACGACGAACAGUUUACGUCACUUGACGAAAUGAGGUCGGCUCUACCUCAGUCACAGGCACAGCAGACGCAGCCGCAACCCGCAGCUUCAUCUUCCAAGUCCUUCAGUCGACCUUUACCGCCGCAGAGACCUAUGGCAGCGACGCGACAGCCAAGUAAAGGGGGAGGUGUACAGAUGGUGCUGGGUGAGGCGGGGAGCUGGUCGAAUCUGGCGGACCAGACUCCUCCGGUGCCAGCAGGUGCGGAGGAUCCGAAUGCAAGGUACGACAAGGGCGGCGGCGGGAGCAUGUUGGGCUUCCUGAGCAGAAAGAAGGGUCGCGACCGGAGUCCAAAGCCCAGAGAGCCUGGCGUUUUGGGUAAAUAUGGAGCCAGACAUAUCAUCAACUGA